AUGCAUAGCGUCCAAGUGGAGGUCCAGUACGUAUACAUAGCAGAAGCAAUCUGCGAAUAUGGCAGAGCCAUGGGUUACUGGAAUCAGCCAGCGCUUCUCAAUCAGUUCGCCAGAUUCAAGGCAUCUUUUGACGACUACGUCUUGAAGCUGAAUGUGCAAACGCCACCUCCUCCAAUCCCUGCACAAAUGCCACCUCAGCCGAUGAAUGGACAAGUGCCACAACCACCGCUUCCUGGACAAAUGCCCCCACCAGCGCCUCCCGGACAAGCACCACCUCCAUCGUUCGGUGGUGUUCCUGCAGCGCCACCUGUACCAUCGCCGUGUGCUUCGCCAAUGGAUGGUGCGUCACCAAGGCCGUCACAAAGCGCACCGCAAAUGGGGGCAGCUCCAGCUCCACCUCGACCAACACAGGUGGCCAACGCAUUUACCGGCCCGCCACAACCUGCUCGCCCGUCGUCUCCAGCUCCAGCUGGCGGAACUGGGCUCCAAGGCACUAGUGGAGCACCUCCAGGUGGACCACCAGGAAGUGCAGGAAAGAUCAACGCUCAAUGGCCGCCAAAACAAGGAGUAGCUAGUGUGGGAGCUAUUCCUGGAACGCCGCAAGCGUUUUCCCCCUCAGAUCAAGGUCGCGUUUUAUCUUCCGUUUACAUAUGUCCGUGA